AGAAAAGAUAGACUCCUGCUGCCUUCCUUAAAGGCCUGCUGUGUCAGCCACCCCCGCCCAUUUCUUCACCCCUACGUCCCUCGAUCAUUGUGGGAAUUUUCCCCUGAGAAGGCAUGGGUUUUAGUUCACAGGUGGUGUCUGUGAUAAAAUAGUGAGAGCUGCUUGAUUCAUUUGGGGAUGAAACAUGCGACUCUUAACCCAGUUGGCAUCACCCUCGAACCUACAGUUAACACGCGCUUGAACGACGCUGUAGGCACUUUGAAAUGCUGCCGUUGCUUUGCAGUCCAGCUCACUCUCUUACUUUGUGAAGAAGCAGUGUGGUUGGUAUCACUGGGAUAAGGAAGGAGAAGAAAAGCCUGCUGUCACUUGAGUGAGGCUGCCUCAAAUGUCAGCAAGUCAGGGUUGGGCGUUUCCUCCGCUUUGGAAGAGAACAGGCCUAAACAGUCCCUGCCUCGUCCUGGAAGCUACAAGGGAGGCACCAUGAUUGCGAUGAUAGAGAUGCCCCCUUAGCUGACUUGUAAUCAAGUGCAAAUUCAGUUUCAAACACAGCAAAAGGAUGGGAGUGGGGGAAAGUGCUGUAUUUUUUACAGGAUCUAUCUCAUGUAAACUUUGUGUCUUGAACAGAAUAUGAACCCCACCCAAAGAAUGAAAUUGGAAAGUCACUGGGAGAAACAGCUGUAGAAUCAAAGACCUAUAUUUAAAUUUUGAACCUAGUUACUGGGUUUUGUGCACAUUAAGUAACUUCUUUAAGCCUGCAUUUCAUAUACAAAUUGAAGAAAACUAUUUAUCUUGUAGAAUUAUUCUAAAGAUCAAAUAAAGGCCUUGAAGCAGUUAACAGUGUCUGGCCCAGGGUAGAUGCUUAACGAAUGGCAGCCGUAUCAGGAAUAAUAACAGUAUUAUUGUGUACCAGGCCAGAGACGAGAGAGAAGGGCCCGGGGAGCACAGGGCAGGUGGUAGCAAGAGGAACCGAUGGUACGUGUGUGUGAGAUAGGUUGCGUUAGGCAGGGGCGUCCUGAGAGGGAGUGUGACAGCGACCUUGUUGCUAAGUGCAAAAGCAAAACAAUGGCGUGCAAACAAGUACCCAAGGCACAGAGGAGGAGAGGGAUGGAGGCAGACGCUGCAGGACAAAAAGCUGAUUGAAAAGGGGCCUUUGAUUCCACAGGCGCAAAAAUCCACAGCCAGGAAUUCGCCGCCACCUCUGAGUCAGGCUGGGGGUGGGGGUGCACAGUCCCGUUAGGAGAGAGAUGCCCAGUGCGUUUGGCCUGAGAGGCACAUUUCUGACUGGGACCAGUGUAGACAGACCCAGCUCCCCCGCUUGCUGGGCCCGGCCGCUGAGUUAGGGGAUGGCUUCUGCGGAGCAUUCACUGCUCCCCCCUCGCCGCCGGGACCUGUGUAGCCGCUCCAUCUGGCUAGCACGGAAGAUCCGUUCAGACCUGACUGCUCUGGUGGACUCUUACAUGAAGCACCAGGGGCUGAGCGGGAACGUGAACCUGGACGCCCUGGAAGGUGUGCCGACGGCCAGCUCCAGCAGAUGGAGCGAGCUGACCGAGGCGGAGCGGCUGCAGGAGAACCUCCAGGCCUACCGCGCCUUCCACGGGAUGUUGGCCCGGCUGCUGGAAGACCAGCGGGCGCACUUCACCCCAGCGGAAGACGACUUCCACCAGGCCAUACACACCGUCCUCCUCCAGGUGGCGGCCUUCGCGUACCAGCUGGAAGAGCUGAUGGCGCUGCUGGAGCACCGGGUGCCCCCCAGCGAGGCCGGCGGGCCGCCCCCUCUCGCCGGGGAGGCCGGGCUCUUUGAGAAGAAGCUGUGGGGCCUGAAGGUGCUGCGAGAGCUCUCUCAGUGGACGGUGAGGUCCGUGCAUGACCUGCGGGCCAUCUCUCGACAAAGUGGGGUCCCCGCACUCGGGGGCCAUUCUGCCGCCAGGGGCAGGAGGACGUAGCGUACGCUCCCGCUCCCUCCCGCUCGCUUUCUCUCCUGACGGAAAGACUGUUGUUCUCCGAGGCCUCGGUUCCCCAGGAAAAUGUAGUGGUUACGCUCCCGCUCCCUCUCCCUCGCUUUCUCUCCUGACGGAAUAGACUCUGUUCUCCGAGGCCUCGGUUCCCCAGUCUUGGUUUUGAAAACCUCUAAAACCACAGGCAUUUUCACAGGGUUGGAGAUACGGACAGAUGGGCAUACAGCUUUAUUCUGGGGUGCAUGCGUGUGAGUGUGUGCGCAUGCCAUAAGGGAAUGAUGGGCAUACAGAUUUAUUGUGGGGUGUGUGCGUGUGUGUGCGCGUACCAUAAAGGAAUGAUGGACAUACAGGUUUAUUCUGGGGUGUGUGUGCACGCACGUGUGUGUGCCCGCAAGCGUGCCAUAAAGGAAUGAUGGACAUACAGGUUUAUUCUGGGGUGCGUGCGUGUGUGUGCGCGUGUGCACGCGUGCCAUAAAGGAAUGAUGGACAUACAGGUUUAUUCUGGGGUGAGUGCAUGUGAGUGUGUGCACAUGCCAUAAGGGAAUGAUGGGCAUACAGGUUUAUUGUGGGGUGCGUGCGUGUGUGUGCGCGUACCAUAAAGGAAUGAUGGACAUACAGGUUUAUUCUGGGAGGUGUGUGUGUGUGUGUGUGUGUGCACGCAUGUGUGCCAUAAAGGAAUGAUGGACAUACAGGUUUAUUCUGGGAGGCGUGUGUGUGUGUGUGUGUGCACGCAUGUGUGCCAUAAAGGAAUGAUGGACAUACAGGUUUAUUCAGGGGGGCGUGUGUGUGCGCGCGCGCGUGCCAUAAAGGAAUGAUGGACAUACAGGUUUAUUCUGGGGGGCGUGUGUGUGUGUGUGUGCACGCAUGUGUGCCAUAAAGGAAUGAUGGACAUACAGGUUUAUUCUGGGGGGCGUGGGUGUGUGCCAUAAAGGAAUGAUGGACAUACAGGUUUAUUCUGGGUGUGUGUGUGCAUGUGCCAUAAAGGAAUGAUGGAAAUACAGGUUUAUUCGGGGGGGGGGGGGUGUGUGCACGCACGUGUGUGCGCGCGCGCGCAAUAAAGGAACGCGGGCAGGAGCAAGGCCCCCCAGUGCAGUGCUCUCAUCUCUCCUACCCACUCAACAGCCUCUGCAGGCGUGUCACAGCCUCACAGAUAAAUAGACUUUUUAACACCAGUCGUGGAUGACUCUUCUGAGAAGACUGAAAUAGUGAGUUAAAAAUCAUGGACUCUCGCCAGUUCAAACUCUCAGAUAAUAAAGAUCGUGAUUAACA